GGCGGAAGUGUCGUUUUAGGUAGGCGCCAGGUAGGCGACGACAGUUCUUUCGCCCGCGAAUCCGUCGGACGAGGAUGAACAGCCGCCUGCAGGAGAUCAGAGAGCGGCAAAAAUUGCGCCGGCAGCUCCUGGCUCAGCAGGUAGAGGCGGCUUGGACACCCGAGUCGAUUAUCUCUAGGCGGCAGCUGUCUUUCGGGAAGCGACGACGGCGCGUGGGUGUUCCCCGGGGUGGGGUGGGGGCAGAGUGGCUUGUCUCCCGUCUCCUAAUGAAUCUCAUAAUUAGCGCACUGCUGUGACGUAAAGCCCGAGUCUCCCCUAGUGGGGAGAGGGGGGUUGCCGUCGCCAUGGAGACGAGGAUGGGAGGUCGAGGGGGCUGUAUAGGAAUAGUUCAGCCUCCUGUCUCUGGGACCUUUGGAGGGGUGGUGUGUUUCCUGGUACAUCUGUUUGGUGGUGUUAUUUAUAAAUAAUGAUGAUGAAUGACGGCGGUGUUUUUAUUGUCUUUAAAGGAGCAAGUAAUUCAGAGUUUCUGUUAACAGUGUGCUUUCCAGGGCUCUUUUUCAAGUGAUAAUACAAUACAGUGGUACCUCGGGUUACAUAUGCUUCAGGUUACAGACUCCACUAACCCAGAAAUAGUUUUGUUGUUGUUUAGUUGUUUAGUCGUGUCUAACUCUUCGUGACCCCAUGGACCAGAGCACACCAGGCACUCCUGUCUUCCACUGCUUCCUGCAGUCUGGUCAAACUCAUGCUGGUAGCUUCGAGAACACUGUCCAACCAUCUCGUCCUCUGUCAUCCCCUUCUCCUUGUGCCCUCCAUCUUUCCCAACAUCAGGGUCUUUUCCAAGGAGUCUUCUCUUCUCAUGAGGUGGCCAAAGUAUUGGAGUCUCAGCUUCAGGAUUUGUCCUUCCAGUGAGCACUCAGGGCUGAUUUCCUUCAGAAUGGAUAGGUUUGAUCUUCUUGCAGUCCAUGGGACUCUCCAGAGUCUCCUCCAGCACCAUAAUUCAAAAGCAUCAAUUCUUCGGCGAUCAGCCUUCUUUAUGGUCCAGCUGUCACUUCCAUACAUCACUACUGGGAAAAUAGUACCUCGGGUUAAGAACUUUGUUUCAGGAUGAGAACAGAAAUCGUGCUUUGGCGGCGCGGCAGCAGCAGGUGGCCCCAUUAGCUAAAGUGGUGCCUCAGGUUAAGAACUGUUUCAGGUUAAGAACGGACCUCCAGAACGAAUUAAGUACUUAACCCGAGGUACCACUGUACAUUGAGAGAGCCUGUGUUGGAAGACAGGCCCCCCCAGCCCGGAGCUCUCCAGGUGUUUUGGGUUGCAGCCAGGCUGGGGAAGGCAGGACUUUAUGGGAGACACUGGUUAAAAACCCUACUCGGGUAUAAAGCUUACUCAGGUGCCCUUGGCUCCAUUACAUACUCGGCACAAACUAUUCAGCGGGUGAAUUCAGUGGGGUUUAAUUAUUCAAACAAAGCCACUACAAAUGGUAAAGUAUGUUAUGUUUAUAUCAAACCUUUCAUCUCUGGCUUCUUCGUUGGGUACUAAGUGUGCUGUUUACGGCGUUCUUCGUUUUUUGCUUUUCUUCCAGCUUGGGGCUGAAAGUGCUGAUAGCAUUGGUGCAGUAUUGAAUAGCAAGGAUGAGCAGAGGGAAAUUGCUGAAACAAGGGAAGCAUGCAGGUUUGUACUAAAAGAGGUUGGUUGCAUUUCUCAUACCGUAAGCAGUUCAGAGGGAGAAGGGAGAUCCUGUCAACUGCUGUGUCACUAAGGAGCUUGAGUUCGUUUUGAUCUUGACUAAUUCAGACUGUUCAGUUUGUCAGCAAAAAGCUGGAAACGCAUUUCAUUGUAAGGGACAAAAGAGUUUGGCAAAUAGUAGUAUAUUAAUCACUGCGGUCUUAUUUGUAAAUGUAUAUAUUGUCUCUAGUAAGCUCUAUAAUAGUGCCUGAAUUUACAGUUUAUCUGGGGUAUGACUUUAGUCAAGCAGGAAUUUCUUUGCACUUCUGAUGUCCAACAUAAUAUGAAAAUAAGCUUAUUCAGGAGUCUUCCCCACUUCUAGAGAGGCUUUUCCUGGCCUGCAGAGUGGAGGUUGGGGAACGUUUAUUUCAUGAACUUCCUUAAGUGAAUUAAUCUUUAAAUCUAUGCCACUGUUUCUCCAGUAAGCUUUAAAUUGGGAGAGUCCUGAUUUGCCAUAGAAGUAAAGAUGGUGCCCUAUUGAAUGAGAUGAGAACCAGAAAUAAGUGAAAUCAAGUUAAUUAAAUGUGUUCUAGACUGUUUUCUUUCACAUUUGCAGGGCCGCUUAUGAUACAUCUGCACCAAAUGCCAAACGCAGAUAUCCAGAUGAGGGAGAAGCUGAUGAAGAAGAAAUAGAAGAAUAUAAGGUUAAAGUGUGUUGCAGUAAUCCCUCUUCUUAUAAUAGCAGCAUAUGUCUGUCAUUCUUUCUAAUGGAGUUAUAUGAAAUGCAGAGGUCUGAAACAUUACUUUGCAAGACAUUAAUAUAAUAAGGUUUGCUUUUUCAAAGCACCUCGACAUUACAUAUUUUAAUAAUUAAGGCCACAAUUUAUACUUUAGUGGUUUUUAAGACUUGAAGAAUUGUCUUUGGAUCUGUUCCUGUUUUAAUACUAUUGCACAAAUAGUUUGAUAGCUAUCUCAAUGGAGAAACCAUUUUGGAGCCUUAAACAGCAUACUACUAUGAUGAUAUACAUAUAGCCAGUCAAUAUCAAAAAGCUUAUCUUUCCUCUUUAGUGAAAUAACAACAACAACAACAAUAACAACAACAACAACAAUAAUAAAAAAUUUUAUUUAUACCCCGCCCUCCCCAGCCGAAGCCGGGCUCAGGGCGGCUAAUAACAAUAAAACAGUACAACACAACACAACACAACACUCUAAAAUAAUUCAUUAUAAAAUUAAUUCAAAUCAAACCAAUGGCAACCAUUGGGCCAGAGCUCCACGAAGAUUGCCAAAGGAGGGAGUCAGGCUGUGCCCUGGCCAAAGGCCUGGUGGAACAACUCUGUCUUGCAGGCCCUGCGGAAAGAUGUCAAGUCCUCCAGGGCCCUAGUCUCUUGUGACAGAGUGUUCCACCAGAUCGGAGCCACAGCCAAAAAAGCCCUGGCUCUAGUUGAGGCCAGCCUAACCUCUCUGUGGCCUGGGACCUUCAAGAUGUUUUUAUUUGAAGACCGUAAGUUUCUCUGUGGGACAUACCAGGAGAGGCGGUCUCGUAGGUACGAGGGUCCUAGGCCCUAUAGGGCUUUAAAGGUUAAAACCAGCACCUUAAACCUGAUCCUGUACUCCACUGGGAGCCAGUGCAGCUGGUAUGGCACCGGGUGAAUGUGAUCUCGCAGCGAGGACCCCGUAAGGAGUCUCGCUGCAGCAUUCUACACCCACUGGAGUUUCUGGGUCUGUCUCAAGGGCAGCCCCAUGUAGAGCGAGUUACAAUAAUCCAGUCUGGAGGUGACCGUCGCGUGGAUCACAGUGGCUAGGUCACAAUAGUGUAAUAUAGGAGAUUGUUUAGUUUGUAAUGUAACUUGUAAGGUGUAAUUGGUUCAGUAAUGACAGAGAGGGGCCUUUCUGGCACCAUUAGAUUUUAUUCUCCCUGCCCCCCCCAAAACAUCUGUCAUUGGAACCACUCUUGAUCUGCUGUUGCAGGAAGCUAAUGUUCAUAGGCAGUCUUCUUUCAUCCAGAAGUGGAAGGAUAAUGAGAAGAGAAACAUCCUGUCUCUACAUUUGUAUAAAAUGUGCUUUCUUCCAAAGGAUGAAGUAGAAUUGCAACAAGAUGAAGAGAACCUGCCCUAUGAAGAGGAAAUUUACAAAGAUUCCAGUACUUUUCUUAAGGUAACCAAUUCAUAUACCUCAGUGUUGCCAUUGUUCUCCUAUCUUACAUCAUAAUUGCAUCUGAAAUAACUGGAAAUACAAAUUUAGGAUUUUAAUUUAGGAUUGUUAUACCUGCGGGUAUAGGGCGGUGUAUAAAUUCAAUAAAUAAAUAAUACUGAAUUAACAAAAGCAUACUCCUAGAUAUACUUUUGACCAGCGUUAAACACUAAAGCUGCAGCAUUCCACAACAUUGAAGCUUCUGUAAUGCACAAUGAUGACAAGGUUGAAAGGUGGCAAAGUUGGUUGCCUAAAAUGGUGGUUAUACUGUUCUAUUUGCUAUAUGCCUCAUGUCAUUAAAAAGGGAUGAGCAGGAUACGCUGUGCAUUAGAACUGAAGCAUGUUAAGAUAAUAGUGAGCGGGGAGAUAAUGGAUCACUUGUCUGCAAGCGAUAUUAAGAUAAUCAAGCCAAACCCUGUGCAUAGUGUUGGGUUCCUUCAUGUGCAAACGGCAUGAUAAAACCAGUGUAUCUCUGAUGUGCAUCAUUUUGCUAAUUAUGUUCUUGGGUGUUUUUCUUCCUAUAGGGGACCCAGAGCUUAAAUCCUCAUAACGAUUAUUGCCAACACUUUGUGGAUACUGGACAUAGGCCUCAGAACUUCAUCAGAGAUGUGGGUAUGUCAGAAUAACAUGAAUGCAUUUAUGAAGUGGUUUUUCAUGUUUGCCAUAUGGUUUCUGCAUGCAAGAGUUGUGGGAGUUUUUAUUCACUAUUAUCCUGAGAAAACAGUAUAUCAGAUGUUUCCAGAUCUGCCUUUGACAGUGUCAGCAAAAUUAGUGGUCUAUGUGAAAGGCUUUAUUAAAUGGUGUUUAGCUGUAUACCAGUUUACUUAUGGUACAGAGAGCAGGGGUGGAGAAGAGGGUGGGAAUCACUGCUUUUUCCUGUCUUGGCUGAAGAAUCCUAUCUCAAAUAUUUGUGAUCUAUCUUCCAAAUGCAAUGGCAUUUCUUUUGCAGAAAUUAUUUUUAUUAUAUGUUUUAAAAGUUUGAAUUCCUCUAAGUAUGUAAUACACAGAAAUCAAAAAUUAGAUUUCAGGUAGCCAUGCCUAAAAGUAAAAAUAGCAGGCUUCAACCAGACAUCUGUAAAAAGACUUUAGACACUUCUUAGCCUGGUUCACAUGUCACAUCAUUUGACUUUUCAGCAUUUAUUGAUGUUUUUAAUUACUUUUUUGUGCAUAUUUUAGUUGAUUCUAUUCUUGUAUGUUGUAUUCUGCUGUAUUAUGAAAGUGUGGAUUAUCACUUCAUAUAUAAAUAAAUGACAUUUCUGGCAGGUUGCCUGGGGGAUGGGAGUAGGAGGACAUAAAAUCAGAGUAUAUCCCUGUUAGUGUAAAUGGGUUGGAUUCUCCUGUGUCCGGCUGACAUGGGGAAAUCUCAAUGUCAUCUCCACAGCUACUGGCAGGGUUGACAUGGUUGUUGGGGAAAGUAGCUGAUAUUGCAUUUACAGAGCAGAGCAGUGUGUGUGUUUCCCUCCUGUUCUAGGCUGGAUUAGUGCAGGGUAUUCUGCCCCAAAAUAUGGCAUUUGUAAUCUAUUCGAAUAUUACAUGCAACGGUGCACUGAAACUACUGGCGUUUGGCAAGGUCAGGUAGAAAUUUGGGUUGUAACACAAAGUGAUUCUAUGCUUGACUAAGUUGUAGCAUCUAGCUCAAGUUCAAUGAAAGGGUUUGUGCCAGAGAGUCUGUGUCAAAUUAAACUUCUUCACUUGUGACCACCUGUUUAUGAAAACGUAAUUCUAUAGCAUAAAAAUGGCAUGUUUUUCUCUUAGGCUUAGCAGACAGGUUUGAAGAAUAUCCAAAGCUUCGAGAGCUUAUCAGACUGAAGGAUGAGCUAAUAUCUAAAUCGAACACUCCUCCUAUGUAAGUACAUUAAAUGAGUUGGAUUCUGUUCUUCAGACUGGCUUAACAUUGGUUAUUGUUAGACUGCUAACUAAACCCCUUUCAGCACCUGUUUAAGAUUUGCAUGUUCUAUUUUUGGGUUGUAUUUAUGAAAUAAGCAAGGUGAACUUCAAAGAUUACUAGGGCUGAUGGGAGUUGUAGUUCAGCAGCAUCUGCAGAGCCAAAGGUCCCCCACCCCAAUGUAGAAUGACAUGAAAAGAGGAUUAGACAAAUGUAUGGUGGAUAAAGCUCUCAGAGGUUGCUAGUCAUGAUGGCAGUAUGCAUCUGAAUACCAGUUGCUGGGAAAGUUGUGUUGCACUUGGAUCCUGCUUUUGGGCUUCCUGUAAGCAUUUGUUAUCUGUUACUCCAGGGAGUAAGACUUGAACCAACAGGUUCAAAUUACAUGAAAAAGACUAACCUGCUAGGAAGAAAUUUAUGCAGUGGAAUACACUGCCUCUUGAAGCAAGUACUUCUUUAUCACAGGUUUUUAAGCAAGCUGGAAGGUCACCAAUCAGGGAUGCUGUAGUAGUGGGCUUCCUGCAUUGACAGGGGGGUUGGGCAGGAUGACCUCUGAGGUUCCUUCCAACUCAUAUGAUUCUGUCCAGUUACCCGUUUUGUAUUAACUGGUGGCUUAAUUCGUGUGUUUAAAUCAGAUUUUCUCCAGGACUAUGGUUGCUUAUGAAAGCUAACCCUCGAUUCUCCCUUCUAUUUGCACUAUGAACCAAUCGUGGUUUGAAACUGGUUAGUAAAAUUGUAUCAAAGAGGAGACUGUUACACUCUAUAAACCAGCUGUAGUAGUAAUCAUUUUUAUGAUUGCUGACAGUGCUUUUUUCAAAAGCUACCUUGCUUGUAGGUUAAUAACUAUCCAAGAAGAUGCCCUAGAAAAUUCUUUGAAGAGAAUUUUAGAGUAAAGUUGGACAUCAGUCUUUUAAAUAGAAUUAAAGUUGUGCUGAUUCAAAAACAACCACAGUGCUCUGAGACUAAUUUUUCAUCUACCUAGGAGUGCAAUUUUGUAGCAACAUUUGUAAAAUUUAAUAGAAUAAUGGCGGCCAGAUCUGAUUUCAGACAUCAGUUUCUAUAUAAUGAGGUGUCUGGUGGUCAACAAUUGUUUGUGGUUUUCCAAAUUUGAAGUGAUUCACUCAAGCCAAGAAUAUUAUAAUUUUUGCAGCUUCACCAUAGGAAUUGGGUUCUCAGAGAGUGCGUGUUACUUUUCAUGUAUGUAAAUAAUAGAUAUUUACUCUGAAAUACCAUUCAUCUGUACAUAUUUUGUUCAUUCCAUGAACAUUGUGUGAACAUUGUGUGAGAUAUGUAUCAUUGUCAGUAACUGCUGAGAAAUUUUCAACUUAAUUGGAAAAUCCUGCACUAAUUCAUCCAAGCAACCUUGUAUUUUGUCUGUGUAUAUAGGUAUUUACAAGCUGACUUGGAGGCUUUUGAUAUGCGUGAACUUAAGUUCAAGUUUGAUGUGAUUCUUUUGGAGCCACCACUGGAAGAAUACUAUAGGGAGACUGGCAUAACAGCUAAUGAGAAGUGCUGGAAUUGGGAUGAAGUGAGUUUGCUUUUUGGAAAAACCUUUACAGGAUGAAUGCUUGUUAUAUUUUUACCUAUCCAUGAGCCUGUUGUGUGUAUUGCUCUAUUUGCUUAAAAUGUUAUUUGUUCUGUCUUUUUUAGAUUAUGAAGCUAGAUAUAGAGGAGCUAGCUUCCCCGCGUUCUUUUGUCUUUCUUUGGUGUGGUUCUGGAGAGGGCCUUGAUCUUGGCAGAAUGGUAAGAUCCUGCUCCAGUACACUGGGCCACAUACUUUCUCAGACCUUAUAGUAUCACUUUGUCUCUGUUUCUUGUCACUUUAAAUGCAGAAUAAUUCUCUUUCUAUUUCCCUAGAUAAUGUGGUGAGGCAGAUAUGAAAUCAAUUAAAUGUUAAUCCUUAUUUUCCUGAUGGGCACCCGUGAAAAAUACCAUGCACUGUUUCAAGAGAUCAUAUUUCUCUUUGUAGCUUUGGUAUCUCUUAAAUUCUUCAGCACUAGGGUGCCUUCUUCUGGCGGUUUUGCUGUGCUUUUGAUUGAAAGAGCGAUGGAGGCACUGGUAUCCUAAAUAUUCUUCUCAUUAAACCCGUAAUGUUUCUCCACUCCACUGCCUACCUUUGCUAACGGAGCUAGCAUGUUCAAUUUUAUGCAUGGUCUUUAAAACAGUCUCUCGUUAUUGUUUUCAUUUAUUGCAGUUUCAGGCAGCCAUUCAUUUCUUAGAAUCACAGGGCAGUAUGCAAAAACAAAACUAUUCCAUACUCAAUAACAUUUCUAAAACACAUUAAAACCGACAGCAUUCAAAUAUACAAUCAGGUUAGCAGAUCAUCACCAGACAUAAAAAUACAGAUCACUCCAGAUACACUCCUACCCCAAAAGCCAAGGCAAAAAAAAAUGCAUCUCGCUCUGACCCUGGAAUGUCAUUUACUGUAGGAGAGAAGCAUAUCUCCAGUGGAAUUGAGCUGCGCAGGCAGGGUGCAACCACAGAGAACGCUGUAUUUUGUGUCACUGCACAACAAGCUUCACUAUGAGAAGGGACUUUCCUGAAGAGGUCAAAACCUAGACCAGUAGAAGUAGGGAGAUGCUCUUCUCCAAGUUUGGGUCCCAGGUUAUUUAAGGCUUUGCACAUUGCCUUGAAUAGGGGUUUUUUAUAGCAAAUUGAUGGUUGGUACACCGUCAAGUUGGUACACCUGAAGAAUCGGUAUUGCAUAAUGGCUCUCAAAGUGUGAGUAUUGUAUAAUGACUCUUACAGGGACAUUCUGCAUCAGCUGCAGCUUCUGAAUCAUCCUUGAGGGUAGAGUGCAUUACAGUAGACUAACUGGGAACUUACCAGGGCAUGGAGAACUGUGGCAGGCUGUCUCAGUCAAGGAAAGGCUACAGGUGGCAAAUCAUUUAUAACUGGAAAUGGACACUACUAGCCAUUGCAGUCAUCUGGACCUCAAGUGACAGAACUGGAUCAAGCAGUACCCGCCCAGCUACAUAACUGCUUCUUCAGCAAAUACAUCCAUAAUAGACCUUCUUCCUAAUUUCAGGACGUGUGAAUCACCCACCAACAGCUUCAGUUUAUUGGCCCUUACACCCAGCCCAUUACUGGUUCAGCACCUGCAUAGCAUUUCCUGAUUCAGAUAGUAUAUAGAGAGAAGAGUUAGAUAUCAUCAGCAUACUGAUGAUAUUAAAAGUACCCCUUCUCACAGUGAGACAUUUGUCACCCACUGGUUCCACUCAGUCAGCCCUUUUUAGCAAGCUGUUGUUAGCCAAGAAUGGCAAGGGUCAAGAGAUGUGGUUGGCCAGACCCCUAAAGUGCCUUGUUCUCAUCCCUGGGCCGCAACAUCUGGCCAGAUAAUCUUUCAAACUGCUAUUAGAGGUUCUAUCCCAGCUAUGGCAUCAACUGCCAAGCAAAUGCAAGUAUUGACAGCUUCAUAGUUGUCAUGGCAGCCAUUGAAGCACUAAGCUGGCUUAGAUUGGUAUACAUGUUGAAAUUCCCCAGUACAAUUGACUGAAAGCUUUCCAGCACUACAUCUGAGACCUUGUUUGGCCAUCUUCCCAUGCCAUACUUCCCUCUGUCAAUAUAGGUAUCUGCGUGCAAUCAUGAACAGGCUUCCAAGGGUGUAUGCCCUUUUAAGCACAAUGGGACUUGCUUCCAAGCAACCAUGCAUAGGAUUGCCCUGUAUGUAUGCUUAGUGUCAUGCCAAUGCAUCUCCACCAUGGUAGCAAAUGUUUAAGCAUACACUCCUUCACAUGAAAUGAUGUGCUGCAUAAAUAAAUAUUUAGUAGAGUUGCUAGAAUAACCACGGUGGAAAUUUCAAGGUGGCUUUUGCUUUAACAAUUGGAAUUUGAUCUGAUUCUGAAAAAUGUACAGGAGAGGAAGAAGCUUUUAGGCAUGCCAGAAGUGAAAUAUCUUAUUCUACUUCUGUGUAUUGUACAUAGUGAUUGUCUAAUUUUAUUCCCCUUUUGUUGAAAUGUUUCAGUGUUUGCGUAAAUGGGGCUAUAGAAGAUGUGAAGACAUCUGUUGGAUUAAAACCAACAAAAACAAUCCUGGGAAGACCAAGACUCUGGACCCUAAGGCUGUCUUUCAAAGAACAAAGGUACGUCUUUGUCUGAAUUUCUUCAUCUCCUCUUAAUUUAGUAGUUCCACAAAAACCACCAGAUAUUCUGUUGUUGAUGGUAGCUGUUGUACUUUUAGGAAAGGAGUUACAGAGCAGCUUACUUCUUUUGCUUUCAAAUGUAAGUUUAUCUGAUAAUGAUUUUAGAAAAUGGGUGACCAAUUUUUAACAUUUGUGGACUCUUAGCUUCAUCUGAGUAAAUAUUGAAAUCCUCUCUUGUCUUCAUCUAACAGCUUCAUGAAGUUCUUUUUGGGAAACUUUUGAAUGCUCUUAUUCAGUCAUUCUUAUUGAAAUGCAGAUCAGAUAGGAUAAGGCGUCUUAGAAAUACUUUACCCUUCUGUCACCCUUCAGGAGAUGAUGGAAGAGGGGGUAGAAUGCCUUGUAUAGUUUUCUUUGUGCUAGUCUGUUGCUAUAGAUGGGAAUGCAGUGUGAUUGACUUUCAUUUUGUCAACUAUUAAGACUCCUACAUUGAAAUGUAAAUAAAAUAUAUUGGUAGUAAGGGGUUCUCUUUUGGUUUUCUCAAGAGCAGUUUGGGAUUGCUAUCACUACCCUACAAUGCUAAAUGCAUUGUAGAACUGGAGCCACACCAGUUCCUUAAGACAACUGUGUUUCUUACUAGAGCAGAUUUCUGGGAUAUUACUUUGCGUUUGAUAGGUUGUCGUUGAGAAGUGAUAGAGCGGAAAAAAUAAGUUAGUGUAGAGUUAAAUUAUUUAAGACUUUCCACCUUUGGAAAAAUGUCAGUAGGAUUACCUGGAGAAAUUUAAGAUGUGCUUAGCAAAAGCCUGAUAGCUGCUUUCCCUAGAUAAAAGCAAUGUUGGGUGGCAGCAAUUGGAGAGUGGUUCAAUAUCCUCUCCUCUCAAAUUGCCUUUUCUUGAGAUUGCUGCUUUUCCUGAAGCAAGCAGUAUCAGGAAUUGGUUGCAUAUGUAUGUAGUUUACUCUAUGACAUUUGUUCUGUUAGUUUUCACCAAACACAUUUUAAGGGCUGUGUCUAACUCAAUAUUUGCAGAGCAUUAUUGCUACACACAAUACUUUAUGUAAAUUGAGAUGGGCUCACUACUGUGGUGAGUUUGCGGUCUGUAAAGAUGAUACAGCGGCUUGGAGAAGGACUGAAGGAAAAGAAGUGAUUGAAUGCAUUCAUUUGCAUAUGGGUGCAAUCUAUUAAGGACUUGAAAGUAUUUGUAGUGCUUUCUCAAACAACUGUAUUUCUUUGUGAUGAAUGACUAAGGUUAUUUACAGCAGCAGCGAAGAGAUUUGUUUAAUUGUAUAACACAAGUUUCUCCAAAAACGAUCCUACCAGCAUUUCCUCACUUGUCUAGUUCAAUCUGAAAUGGUGGGUGGGAGGAGAACGGAGCCUAACUCUUCAUGUUAUACAUUACAUACUGUGGCGAUGAGGGGGAUAGGACCACAAACAUGUUGAUUCUUAAGAAAAAACAAAGAAGUCCACAGUCAGAAAUAUGUUUCUUGUGGCGAAACGAAAAGCACAAAACUUUGAACAAGCUUUUAAGUUAUCCAGAACUCUUCAUCAGGCUAGAUGUUACGCCAAGCUGGAGAGUAGGGUGGGGUGACUUGCUAAAGGAUACCUGGUGACUGGUUGUUGCUAUUAUAGACCUUAUAUGGCAUCUUACAAAGUAAGCUUCUUGAAUUUGUCAUAUUUAAUUGUAUAUUUAGCUUAAAACAGUUUUUGUUAUCCCUGUGUGUGUCUUAAAUUCUGUGGUCACUUACAAGUCUUGAAAUACUCAUGAGAAAUACACGUUGAAAGUAUGAGAAGUUGAUUCAUGUCUACAAUGAAGAUUUACCUAUAUGCUGCUUUUAUGCAAUGUCCCUGAUUAGCGGCUUUAGUGUCCUUGCGUGCCUUUAGUAUUGCUUUGUUGCUUUCAGUACUGAGGUAGAAGCACUAAGACUAGUUUAGAAAAGUUCCUCAUCUGUUUGAACCUCAGGGCUGUUUUACCAGAGACUAAAGUUUUGAGAAUUGCAGUACAUGUCCAAGUGGUCAUUUUUCUUUCUCUGCUUUUUCAAAAUGCGAACCCCUACAGCUUGCGCCAGAGAUCUGGAAAUGAUUAUUCAUUCAUGUCUGCAAUUUUGUGAAAACCAUCUGGUGACUUCAGUAAAUCAGCAUUUUAUGAUCUGGGGGAAAUUGCCCAUUUGGGUGGUGGUCUUCAAAACCCGAUUAAUCUGCAGAACCUGCAAGUAAUCUUACAUCAGUUAUGUAGACUACCUCUGUGUGAACAGCCACUUGCAUUCAUCUUUAUUUUUAUUAUUAUUUUUUUAAAAAAUAAUUUUUAUUAAAGUUUUAGACAAUAAAAAAGAGGAAAAAAAACAUACACAAUACAUAUAACAACAACACACACAAAAGGCAACACAAAAUUCAACAAUAAAAAACAAAAAAAACCAUAACAAUUAAAAACAAUAUCUCUUUUCCAUUUCCAUUUUUAAAUUACUUACUUUCUGGACUUCCUCAUACCUCCCUCUUUUGUAUUCCAGUCCAAAUUAUUUGUCCAGCAGUUUCUUUUCCACUUUUUUAAUCCCAAACUUUAAUUUAAUAAAAUAUUAAAAUAUAUAACUUCAACUUCUUUAAACCUAAUCCUUGGUCUUAGUAUCAUAUAACAUUAAAAUUUUCCCUCUUAAUAUCAAAUUUCCAUUUCUUUAAACAUCUUUAAUCUUAAUCUUUAAUCUUAGUCUAUCAUUAACUUUAACCUGUACAGCUGGAAACCACUUAUUUUCAAUCCAACAUCACUCUAACAUUCUUUAAUUUUGCAGUGUUUCUGAAGAUAGUCUUUGAAUUUCUUCCAAUCUUCCUCCAUCAACUCUUCUCCCUGGUCACGGAUUCUACCAGUCAUUUCCGCCAAUUCCAUAUAGCCCAUCAUCUUUAACAUUAGAAUAGAGUAGACAUUGAGUGUCACUGUCCAUUUAAUUGACACAGGGCAGUUCUUGGGGUUAUCUAAGUCAAUUAGUACUGAUUCCAUAGCAUACUGCAAUUAACUUCUAUUGAGCAUUUGAAUUUGUGGAAAGAAGCUGCAUAAAACUGACACUGUUUAGUUUUGGGUUUUUUGGAAAUUAUUUAUUUUUGUCUAUAAUUGCAAAUACCACUGCAUAAAAAUAAGUAACUGUGUAGAGUACAGAAUUAAUGGGCACAUUGUUGAUUAAAUUCACAGCCUCAACACUAGGAGGACAGGGGUUAAUCAAAGAGGAGCAAAUCUGAAGACCCACAUAGUUCACCUUAGGCAGUCAGCCAAAACUUCAGUUUGUUUCAGAGGGAUGUUAUACUUAACUGUGGACAAAUGGGAAAAUCCCCCAUCCCUUCUGCGAACUCCAGAGAAUAUCUGUCUGGGAGAUAUUGAUUUAUUGCUCAGAUAAGCUUGGUCCGGCACGCUUCCCCCAAGAGUCUCUGCAUUCCAAGAGUCCGACUCAUCUGAGCAUAGCAGAGUUGAGAUCCACAGCGGCUAGAGGAAGCUGCAAAACACUCCCGUGCAUUCUUCAGUGUACUUAAAUAAAGUCCACUCAGGUUCUUGGCAGCUAAAAGCAGUUUUAUUUACAGCAGGCUAUCCAUUAUCUAUCACAGCGAACAGCAUCGUGAAAAACACGUCCUCUCUCCUCAAAAGCGAAAGUAGAGAGACAGAACAAAGACUUUAGUCUCUCGGAACUGACGUAGCUCCCCCCUCCUCUCCACAGUAGGCAGGGCGUACAGCCUGAGCUGUUUAACCCUGUAAGCUCAGGUUUUCCUCACACCCCCUCUCGCCCUGCGCUACUGUGGGGACGGUAAGUACAGAACUUACCCCCAACUCCAAACCACCACAAAACUCCCCAUGACGCUGGAAGCUUAAAGGUUUGGUAAAUCCAUCGGCCAGGUUACUGUGACUGGCACAGUACUUCAGUCGUAUCAAACCUGACUGAACACUCUGACACACAUUUUGGAAACGUAUGUCCAGAUGCUUGGUUCUCGCUUUAAAUUGCGCAGAUUCAGCCAACUUCAAACAAGGCUGAUUGUCUUCCCAAACCGUGAUGGGCAAGCUACAAUCCCCAUAGAUUUCUUGCACCAAGCAUCUAUAGAACUCUAGUUCCCGGCACAAAUCUGACAGUGCACUGAAUUCAGCCUCAGUAGAAGACAGCGCAAUGAGACUUUGCUUCCGGGACUUCCACCCAAUCAGUGACUUCCCAAACUUUAUCACCAACCCAGACACAGACUUGCGGUCCUGCGAAUUCGCCCAGUCACUGUCCGCAUAGCAUGUGAGCUUUGCCUCACCUUCAGCUGGCAGCUUAAGACAGAAGUCUUUGGUAUGUUGCAGGUAGCGCAGUACCCGCUUGAUACCGUGCCAAGCACUCACACUGGGCUUUGACGCUUCCCUACUUAGCAGGUUGGUAGCAAAGGCAAUGUCUGGUCUGCUCCAUUGGGACAGAUACAACAGACUACCUAGAGCUGACUGAAAGAGCUCAGCAUUCUCAAACUCAGCACUCUCUGCUUGCUGGCUAUCUUUCACGAAGUUCGUCUCCAUGGGUGUCCGAACUCCUGCACAAUCGGACAUUCUGAACUUCUCCAGCAACUGCUCAAUCUUGCCUUUCUGACUGAGCAAGAAGCUACCAUCUUCAGUUCUCGCUAUCUGGACGCCUAGGUAGAUCUUUACUGCACCCAGGUCCUUGAGCUGAAACCGUUUCCCAAGCUCUUUGGCAAACUUCUGCACCUGUUUGUCUGCCUUUCCAACAUGGAUGAUGUCAUCAACGUAAAACAACACCAGUUCUUGUGAGUCUCCUGAUCCUCUAAGGAACAGGCAACUGUCAGCAAGACUCUUCCUGAAACCUAGCUCCUCCAAAGCUUCAUUCAGGCACAAGUUCCAAUUCCUGGCCGACUGCUUCAGGCCGUAAAUUGACUUGUGAAGUUUCCACACAGUACCUCGCUCAUUGCCCUCAAACCCUGGAGGAGGAAGCAUGUACAGAUCCUCCUGGAGGUCUGAGUUCAAGUAAGCAACAUCCACAUCAAAGUGAUGCACCAGCAAACCUCUUUGUGCAGCGAUGGCCAAGAUCAAGCGUAGAGACUCACUCCUACACGUGGGCGCAUAACUCUCCGUAUAAUGCAACCCCCUCUGCUGCGUGAAUCCUCUCGCCACUAAUCUGGCCUUAUACUGCGGUUCUCCUGUCGCUGUGGGCUUAAGACGGUAAACCCAGCGACUACCCACUGCCUUUUCACCCACCGGCAACUUCGUGAGGGAGAACACACCUAGAGACUCCAUUGAGUUCAUCUCCUUCUGCAUCGCCUCAUGCCAUUUCCUGGCUUCUUCCUGAGGCAGUUUCUGAACAUCCUCAAAACUCUCGGGUUCACACUGUGCCAUUCCGACCCACACACUAGUGACGGCAAACCUUUCAGGAGGUUUCCCCUUGGUCGUCCGCGUUGAACGGCGCAGUACUACUUCAGGAACCCCCUCUGACCCACUAGGGCCAGCCAGAACGUCCUUGGCAUCAGAGAGCUCCCCUCUGACUUACUGCGCCUUCUGGACUUCUCAGCCGAACCUGUGGGGGAAGAUGGAGCACUGCGUUGCUCACUCUUCACAGCCUUGGGAGAAGUUCUCCCCUCUGCCUGCACUGGGCCUGGACUCUGAGCCUCAGUAGCAGGUUCAACCUCUUCCUCACCUUCAUCAGCAGAGUCUAGCAGACUCUCUGACAGGAUGUCAGGGUUCCCAUGUAUCCUUGCCCAGCCACUCUGCUCACAGAAUUCAGCACUGUUACUGAGCAGAAUCCUGGACUGAUCCCCUGACGGAUACGCAAACCUCCACCCCUUGGUCCCUGGCUCAUACCCACAAAAAAUCAUCUUCUGGGACUUGGGUUCACCUUUCUUGCGUUUGGCCUUUGGUAUGAGGACCCAGGCCUCACAGCCAAAAACGCGGAAGUAGUGCACUUUCGGUUUCUUGCCAUGAAGCAAAAAAUACGGUGUGUCACCUAUCACUGAAUUGAACGACCUGUUCAGAACAAAGUUGGCCGUUCGCCAAGCCUCCCCCCAAAAGCGCUGUGGGAGCCCGGCAUCAAACAAAAGAGCUGCGGACAUCUCCCCUAGAGUCCUAUUCCUGCGUUCCGCGAUCCCAUUCUGUUGGGGACUGUGUGGAGAAGUCAACCUGUGUUGAAUCCCCUUUUUGCGGAAGAAACUUUGCAGUGCAGACCCGGUGAACUCCCCACCACGAUCGCUCUGAAAGUUUUGCACCCGUGUGGAAAACUGCAGUUCCACAGCCACAAUCCAGUCUUUGAUUAGCGGCGCAGCUUCAUCUUUGCGCCGAAUCGUGAAACACCAAGAAUUCCUAGUAUGGUCAUCAAUCAGAACCAGCGAAAAUUUGGCUCCGCCCAAACUGCUCACAGAAAACGGACCACACAAAUCUGCAUGAAUCAAUUGAAAAGCCCUAGUGGUCACCCUCUCAGACCUAGGGUAUGUGCACGUUUUCACCUUUGCGGACUUGCACGCUCUGCAAUCUAGAAACUUAGCACAUGAUUUCAUUUUGCACCCUUGCGUAUACUCUGGGAUCCUUCUCACCGACCCCCACGACACGUGUCCCAUACGUCUGUGCCAGAGAUGUUGACACGCAUCAUGAACUGGAACAUUGGCACACUGCGCUUGAGCCUCCUCCGUGUCAUCCGUGUCAUCUGGACCUGCAAAGAAGCAUUUAUCACAAACAACCUGUCUUUGCAUUCAACACUGACUAGGUGCUGUCCAUUCUUGGAAAUAGAACACUUAUUGUUCUCAAAACACACUCUGUAGUUUUCAGCAAGAAGUGCACUGACAGACAGCAACGCGCAGGACAGUCCUGGAACAACAAAAGCCUGUAUUGUGUCCUGCAAGAAAGAACAAAACAGUGAGCCACUCUGCGUGAGUGGGUGUCGAGUCCCAUCUGCUAAACAGACAGUCUUCCCAGUUUUUACAGAGGUGCAGUUCUCCAGGAAUCCACCAGAUGGCACAAGAUGAUGCGAUGAUCCUGAAUCAAUAACAAAAGCCAGCUCAGCAUCCUGUUGACAACUUUUGACUACAGCCAUAGAGGCAGCCAAAUGUUUACGUUCAGUGUCUCUGCCAGCUGCCUUCGGCUUGCCUUUCCCACGCUUUGAAGACGAGGCUCUUUAUCUGGUUGCUACGGGAGACGGCCUUGGGCUGUUCCUCCACUGGACAUUCUCUCACCAGAUGGGAGGGGGAGCCACAGCGAUAACAGCGGCGACGCGUAGCAACAACUCUCACAGCUCCCUCUUCAGCCAUUCCUUUGUUCCCUGCACCCCCACCUUUGGGUGCACAGCCUGGGCCUGCACGCUCCCCAGCACUCUGGUUGUAGGCCACAACAUCACACGGCCCCUCGGAGACAAAGCAGCUACUCCCAGCUGUAACUUCAGGAACAUGGCCAGCCCCCUCUGGGCUCUCAGCUUCCUCCCUGCUCUCGGCUUCCUCCCGGCCCUGUGCUCCUGCUGAGUUCUCACACAGAUUCCUCAGCACCUGCCAGGCGGUUGCUCAGAUAAGCUUGGUCCGGCACGCUUCCCCCAAGAGUCUCUGCAUUCCAAGAGUCCGACUCAUCUGAGCAUAGCAGAGUUGAGAUCCACAGCGGCUAGAGGAAGCUGCAAAACACUCCCGUGCAUUCUUCAGUGUACUUAAAUAAAGUCCACUCAGGUUCUUGGCAGCUAAAAGCAGUUUUAUUUACAGCAGGCUAUCCAUUAUCUAUCACAGCGAACAGCAUCGUGAAAAACACGUCCUCUCUCCUCAAAAGCGAAAGUAGAGAGACAGAACAAAGACUUUAGUCUCUCGGAACUGACGUAGCUCCCCCCUCCUCUCCACAGUAGGCAGGGCGUACAGCCUGAGCUGUUUAACCCUGUAAGCUCAGGUUUCCCUCACACUCUGUUGGGACACAUGCUUGGGAGAGAUGCAGAUUCAUAUAGAAGAUCCCCAACCUCUACACCAGGCAUAGGCAAACUCAGCCCUCCAGAUGGAACUACAACUCCCAUCAUCCCUAGCUAACAGGACCAGUGGUCAGGGAUGAUGGGAGUUGUAGUCCCAAAACAUCUGGAGGGCUGAGUUUGCCUAUGCCUGCUCUACACUCUGCCUGAGCUGAGCUUCUGCCGCUUCCUCCAUCUGCCCAUCUGCGGCUCUCAUCACCACAGCUACCUCCUCCUUUCUCAUCCUGUAGCAUAGGAGCCAACUCCUCGGGCCCAAGGUCCCUUUGCCCUCCCCCAUAAAAUGUUUGCGGGGGCUAGGACUCCCAAAGUUGAUGGUCAUUGCCAUUGAAAUGGUGUGUGUGCACUGCAUCUUGUGGUUGAUUGCGCUGGGCAGGGCUUACCUGGACCCCGAUACUUUAUCCAAGUUGACAUCCCUGUCCUGUACCUUUCCAGUGCCAGUACUUCCUUAUUUUAGAUAUGUUUUCUGUGCUCUUCAGCCAACAGGACUUAUAUAAUACCAACACAACCAAUCUAUAUGGUCAAUAAAAACACAGCUGUUAAAUCGCACUUGAGAGCAGCAUUAAAAUUCAGCGUAAGGCAAACAUGUGCUGAGCAUACAGGUCACCUGCAGCUCUUCUUUGCACCACCAGUCAGCGCCCAGAACACAAGCCAUCUCUGCUCUUUGUAUAGUGCCUGUCUACUUCAUUUGGUUUGGACUGGAAGAGGCAGGUCAGUUCAGGUGGAGGACAGAGCCAUCCUCUGAGCACUAACUAGUGAUAAGAGGUGCUGGGAAAGAUGGCAGCUUUGGUAACCACUUCAGGAGGGUUUAUAAAAUAUGCUUCUUCAGUUGCUCAAUCUUUUAUCUUCCAUAACGUGGGGCAGAUUUAACCUUGCUAUUCAUAACGUAUCUCUGUUGUGCACUUUGCACACUUUUAUAACAAUCACUUCCACUUUAGAAACACUUUCUGAGGACUUGGUCACAUUCUUUAGAAUAAUGAUUUUCAUGCUUUUAAUGCUCAAUUUUUAAAAGAUAUCUGCGGCUGAGAAAGUAGAAUUUCUCCAUUCAUUGUCUUGGUCUUUGGCUAGUUAGAUGGAUCUUCAAAAGAAGUGGCAUGCUGUGUUCUGUCUCCCAUAAUCAGUUGUAUAUAUGUGACAUGCGGAUUUGCAGGGUUGGUAUUUUCUUGUGUGCGUCUGAUAUACUUCCAAAAACUUUCUCUUUGGUUUUGUUCUACCUAGGAACACUGCCUUAUGGGCAUUAAAGGAACAGUCCGUCGUAGUACAGAUGGAGACUUUAUCCAUGCUAAUGUCGACAUAGAUUUAAUUAUCACAGAAGAGCCCGAAAUUGGCAAUAUAGAGAAACCAGUGGAAAUAUUUCACAUCAUUGAACAUUUUUGCCUUGGAAGACGACGCCUUCACCUCUUUGGCCGGGAUAGCACAAUCCGACCAGGUUAGUGUUGGUCUGAUUCUGAUACUUAAUCAUUAUUUCAAAGUUUUUCCAGGAGAGGUGGACCUUUUAUAAAGAUUAAUGGUGUGCAUGAGUGGGAGAAAAAAACUCUUUAGAGAGUAGUUACAUUAAUCUGUUGCAGCCAAAUACAAAAUCUACUUAUACUCCUAGACUAACUGAUUCAUUAGGGCAUGAGCUUUCAUAGGCAAGAGACUAUUUUUUUCAAUAAAGUGGACAUGAUGGGAACAUAAAUAUUUCAGAGUUAAGGCACUUGGGGGUGGGGAGGAAAUGAGAAUGAGAAUGCAAGAACCUAAGUUCUGCUAUCUGCAGUGUAAGAUGUGAAUUAAAGAAUUAUUUGUGAUGGGAUCUUCAAUGCACAAAUGCUAAGUAAUUCCUGUUAUUAAUGAAGGAAAGAUAAUUGUUAUGCAGAUUAUUAUUCUAACUCCUUUUUGAACAUUUUUUUUCAAAGCCUAAGGUCAGAGAAAAAACAAUAUUCAGCGAAAUGGUCCACUGUUUUCAUGUAUAGCUGGGUUGAUCUUAGAAGAGUUAAGAUGUGGUGUAUUCUGUCUUGGUGCAGAGGGCAAUGACUAGAUGGUUUUCUGGUUCAUUCCAGCUGUUUAGUUGUUUGAGUUUGAGAAAACAUGUUCUCCCACAAGAGGAACUUAUUAGCCCUUAUACUCCUACCCUGAUCCUAAACAUUUGCAUCAGAAUAAAUGCAUCUCCUUUGAUAUCAGCAGACUCUCAUGUUUGCCAUAUUGUGCAGACAAAUAGGUUAGGGCUCCCCAUUUCUACCCUUUGUUGAGAUAUACACCAGUUAAGUGGGGAUAAAACAAGAGAGGGAGGGCAAUAACCAGAGCUACUGAUGUCAUCUGGAACUGAGCCAAACUUGAAUUCCUUUUACAAAGAGAUCAUGCUACUUUUAUGUGAAGAAUUUCUCCACUUAAGUGCUGGAGUGAGUGGAGGAUCUCCCCAAUGCUAGCUGGUGAAUAAAAAGAGGCAUGUACGGAUAAAGAUUUGUGCAUAGUAUAUCUUGUUUGGUUACUGCAUUGUAGAGAGUCUCGUUCUGGCACUAGAAUGUUGGAUUUAUAGGCUCUCCUCUCUCAAGUCAUGGAUCAUGCAUUUUCUAACAAUGAUAAAUGCAUACUCCUUGAGAGCUCACUUUCUAAGCAGAACUGAUGAAAGGAUUCUAAAAACAAAGGAAAGGAAGUGUAAGAAUACUGGCCAGUUAUUGAUUUUUUCUUGACCACCUUAGAAACUAAUCAAUCCCAAAAGUUUCUUCUGCAAAUGUAGUGGUGUAUUUGCCUGCCUCUCUUCUCUUUCCACCGAGCAGGUAAUCUGACCUUCGUCUAUGAACCUCCCUAGCAGCACUUCAGCAAUGGGAGUUCAGAUUCUGCUUUUAGCAUCUGAUUACCAAGCCUAGUAGGGUUUGUGUGUGUGUGUAACAAUGGUUUGCUUCCAUUCCUACAAUAUCUCUAACUUUAUGUAGUGUUACAGUAAUCCAGUCUGGUGGUACCCAAGGCACUGAACUCUGCAUCUCACAGCUUGCUGCUUUUCUUUCUCCUCUUAGGCUGGCUAACCGUGGGACCCACGCUCACAAACAGCAACUUCAAUGCAGAAACAUAUACAUCCUAUUUCACAGCUCCAAAUUCCAACCUAACUGGCUGUACAGAAGAGAUUGAGAGACUCAGACCUAAAUCGCCGCCGCCAAAAGACCGAGGUGGUGGUGCACCAAGGGGUGGAGGAAGAGGCGGGACUUCAGCUGGCCGAGGAGAAAGGGGCAGAGAGAGAAACAGAACAAAUUUUCGGGGGGAAAGGGGAGGGUUCCGGGGAGGACGGGGUGGUACCCACCGGGGCGGCUUUCCUCCUCGUUGAACGUAUCAAAGUCUCAAUCUUUCCCUGCCUUAAUACCACUGCUUUUCCUUUGUUUGAAGUCUUCGUUCUGCUGAGGUUGUACUUAUUAGUGACUGAGUCCAGAAUUUUAGUACCGACUGUAUUCUUUCUUUUUUAUAUACAUGCUGCUUGAGCCAGCCCAUUUACAGCACAUCAGCUUCUUUGAUGAGUAACAUCCAGUGCUUGUGACAGAUCUCAUUCACAAAAGUUGAAAUCAAAGCAGAAACACCUCCCAGUGGUUUCAGUUGUGGUUUCAAGAGCUUUCAUCAACUCUCGGUCUUCCUGAUUUGCAAAUCAUUUUAUUUACUGUUAAUCUUGACUCAUGAACUGAACAAAAAUCCUUGUUUGCCCCCUCUAAACACUAUUUAUUCUCAGGCUAAUGAAAUGCAACUCUAGUUCCCAUUGCAAUACGAGAAAAUUGGUGCUGAUGUAAACAGAAACUAUUAUAUUUGGCAUUUUAAUUAACAACUUGAGUCAAAUAUGUUAAUUUUUCUUUUAAGAGGUGAUUGACUUUGAGACUAAUGAUUGAUAGGAAGCGCAGAGAACCUAUUAUCAGUAUUCUGUUGAUACCUCAUAUCUGUAUGUCAGCACAUAGUCCAUAUAUGUGUGUAAUCAGGGAAUGAUGCAAAGAGUGGUGGUGAUGGCUGCCUUUUUAAAAAAAGAAAAAAAGUUAAAAUCUUGAUAAUACCUAUAACAAUUUAGCAUAUUCAUUGGCUGAAAAAUUAAAGUUAAGAUUUACUUGCAGAAGGCUCAAAACACUUAAGAAUAUGGUCCAACUAAACUGAAGCAAUUUAGUGGAAGAAAUUCAGGUAUGCUGAAUUUCCUGUUGAAGCUGUUGGGACUUCAGAAGGUGCCAGGCUGGAUUGUGCUGUAAAUAUGUAUAAUACCAAAAUGAUAGGAAAUUACUUCUAAAAUACUGCUUGUAAAUAUGAAUUCAUUUGCUCUUUUAUUGCAGCCAGGUGCUUUGAUCCACAUAAACAACAGAGUGGGGGCUACAGGCUGUACUCCCUUUCUCUCUCCCCCCCCCCCCCAAUGAUCAUUUGAAUUUUCGGUGCUUUUUUUUAAAAAAAAAACUGAUGUUAUGGAUUGGUUGUAUAUGAUGAAAUCUGAGCUCAUCUUGUCAGGAAUCCUCCAGACUAGAAGUUGUAAGGACUCAAAAAUUCUUGUACUUUGGUUCCUGAAAGCCAGCUUUUAAAUGUCUUUUUAAGCGAUGGAAUGUAUUUCUACUAUUUUUGAUAAAUGUAUAAUUAUUUUAGUGGAUGCUUGCCUUUAUUUUAUAUAUUUAUUUUCAUUAGCGGGUUCUUGUCAGUUUUCACGUUCAGCUUUGCAGGUUUAAAUCCUAAUUUACUGUAGUAAUACAUUUUUCCAUAGAACUGUGAUUUUAUGCAAGUCUGUAAAAGAGAACUCAGCUGUGAAACUGUUUAUGCAGUAUCCAAGACAAAUGUGUGACUCGGGUUAACCUUUUUGGUUUGAUUAGGUAGAGUUGCCACCUAGUGGAAUGGGAACGAAAUUCUAAAGUCAGUUUAUUGUGCAACCUAUGAUUUUUUUUGAAGACCAGUGUAUUUCCACAUCCUACAUGAGAGAAGGCACCACUGGAUGAGAUUGAUUGUAUCCUGUAUAAUACCGACUCCAAGAAAAUUGGGGAUGUAAAAUAUGCUUUUAAAAUGGUCUUAGUUAAGUAAAGAUAAAAGCUACUGUAG